UCGGAGAUGACAGUGAGGUUGAUUUGGAAAGGGUCCUGUGAAUCAUGCGGGUUUUAGGGAAAGCAAUUUUGUAAUUUGUAGCCAUGAAGUGAUGAAGCCUAAUUAAGGAGUUACCAGUGUGUGUUUGAGACUGACCUAGCAAUAUGUCGGCCUUUUUCCGUUUUCUGAGCAAGCGACGAAGCCGAAGGGGGCGCAAAAAUAGGACGGAUCUUGGUCACCCCGCCAAGAAAAAGAAUGUGUUGACUUGCACUGUGAUGCUGCUCGAUGGCACGGAUUUUACUGUCGAUAUAAAUAAAAAGGCCAACGGUGGUGAGCUGAUGGAGCAGAUCUUCUACUACCUGGACAUAAUAGAGAAGGACUACUUCGGGCUACAAUACACAGACGUCCACAACGUCAAUCACUGGCUGGAUCCCACCAAACAGAUCCGCAAGCAAGUCAAGAAUCCCUAUUGGCUGGAUACUGAUGUCGAUGCCAACGAGCCUGACCAAUCAGACACUUAUUCAGAGUCAUUUGGCCCUCCUUAUACAUUCCGAUUUCGAGUCAAGUUUUAUUCAUCUGAGCCAAAUAACCUCCGGGAAGAAUUAACAAGAUACCAGUUCUUCCUCCAGUUGAAGCAGGACAUUUUCCACAACCGUUUGCCUCUGGCUGAAGAAACCCUCAUUGAACUCUGUGCUUUAGCAUUACAAUCUGAGCUGGGAGACUAUGACCCCGAGGUCCACACUCCAGGGUACAUCUCCGAGUUCCGGUUCAUCCCCAACCAGUCCGAGGACAUGGAACUAGCCAUCCAUGAACAGUUCAAGAAGUGUGGUGGGAUGACGCCGGCCCUGGCAGAGCUGGCGUACCUGAACAAGGCCAAGUGGCUGGAGAUGUACGGAGUGGACAUGCACAUGGUCAUGGGUCGAGACGGCAACGAGUACAGCCUGGGCCUCACACCCACCGGAGUCCUAGUGUUUGAGGGCAAGCAGAAGAUUGGUCUCUUCUUCUGGCCAAAGAUGACGAAGCUGGACUUCAAGGGAAAGAAACUCACACUUGUGGCUGUUGAAGACGAUGAAACCGGUGCAAGUCAGGACCAUGUGUUCGUGUUCCGACUGGCCAGCGACAAGGCGUGCAAGCACCUGUGGAAGUGUGCAGUAGAACACCACGCCUUCUUCCGACUGAAAGGCCCUGUCAAGGAGGGCAAUGCCAGACAGAACUUCUUCCGGCUCGGGUCCAGGUUCAGAUACAGUGGUCGAACAGAAUACCAGACAGCCACCGUGAGUCGAGCUCGCCGCAGCGUUAGAUUCGAACGGAAGCCUAGUCACCGCUACUCUCGCCGGGCAACUUUCGAGCGAGCAGAACGAGAAGAGAAGAUGAAACUGGCUCAAGAGAGAGCAGACAGAAAGAAGGUGGCCCAACAGAGUCGGGAAGCUAUCCGAGCAGAGAAGAAAGAAACAACAAUAGACGAACCCAGAGUAACAACUGUGGUUGUGGCUCCAGGAGCUGCUGCUGCUGCUGCUGCACCAACUGUGACUGUUGAUGUCGCCGACGGCCCGACCAACACCUCAGCUCUCGAUAGAUUAGACACCUUAAUCAAAGGAACGGCGGCAGACACUUCAAUGAACUCUCUCAACAGGAAACCCAAAUCUCCACGACCAUCAACCAGUUCUACAGCUGCCAAUGAUGUUUCCAUACGAGAGGCAUCAGAGUUUGCGAUGGCGCGGAUGAAGGUGUUGGACGACACAGCGCCGGUGGUGCUCAAACCCAAGCCAGAUGUAAACACAUUCCAGAACAACCAGGUCAAGUUUGCAUCAACCAGCACGGCCACCAUUCCUCCCGACCAGAUGAAGUGCAACAUCUUCAAGGCGAGGCAUGAAGAAGACUUGAAGAAAGAUAAUGAAGUGGUUGCGUUGCCGCCAGGACCAGUGAAGGUUGUAUCUGAGGCGGAGGACGACGACGAUAAGGAGAGUGAUAAGAACAGUGAGAGUGAUGCCGAUGAAAAUGAGGACGUAAAUUCGGAGAGUGAGGAAGAGGAAAGUCCAUCGUUGAAUGCUUCUCUCAAUGCAUCCAGUGUGGCACCAGACGAUGUAGUGCACUUGGUCAAGCCGGUCAAGAUAGUGCCAGCUGCACCCACCAUCACCAUGCCUGUUGUGCAGAACGGCUACAGCAGUAUGGAGAGACGCAGUAAGCCGAGCACAUCAAGCACCUCCUCGCACACGUCACACACCUCACACAAUCGCACUCUCAGUCAGACAAGUGACACCACGGAGAAGAAUCGCAAACUAAGUCAGAAUAGUGACGUUUUCGUCAGCAUCAGUCCGAACAGUGUUAUUGGUGUUCCACAGCCUCCAGAGAAAGCCAAAGCUAAGCAGCCACCUCCAGUUCCUGCUAGACCCAAAGUUCCCCAAAAGGAAACAUCCUUUACCGGAACAAAAGCAGCAAACCGCAAGAAUCCCUCUUCUUCAAGUGCUAAGACAACAGUGAGUCACGUGGUUACAGUGAACAAACGAUCUGUGUCAGAGUCAAACGCUUCUCAUGCCAAUGGCAAUGACCUUUCACCCUGGCAGGUGGCUCCACCUGAGAAGAAAGUGGAAAGGAAGAUAACUCUAACUACAGAAUUGUGAAGUGCAAUGGAACACGUGAAUAAUAAUGAUUCAGACAAGAGACUUCCGAAGGAGAGUGUUUUAGAGAUGUGACUAUUUGGACAAAUUCUUCUUGGAAGAGACUUAAAUUUGCCAGAAUGAAUAUCUGUGGAUAUAUUGUGUGUAGAUCUACGAUGUAGGAUACAUAGAGAAGAGCAAUGCAGGAAACGUGUAGGGAAGAUAUUUCAAGAAGACAAUGGAUUUCAUGAUUUUAUGGCAUAUUUUAUCCUUCAUAAUUAUUGCUGUGUGUGGGACUAUGGCCUUCUGAUUACAUUUUCUAACCCACGACAGAAAUGGAUUUCUAAUCUCUUUAUAUUCGUCAUCAACUUUCGAAAAAUAUUGACCAUUACCGACAAUGCAUGUGAGUUUUCAAAUUGCAUAUUCAGCAAAUCUUUUUUAAAAACAAAAUAAUUGCAUGAAGAACAGAUCAUUUUGAAUCAUUCUCUUCUCAUAAUGUUUUCAAGUCAUGUGGAUAUUUGUUCAUGUUCUAUGGAUAUCUGUUCAAGUUAUGUGGAUAUUUGUUCCUGUUCUAUAGAAUGGCACGCAAGUCCCCACCAUUACAGCUACUGGAGCGAUGGAAACAAGUUUUUUCACUAGAAUGGAAUUUGGUUGCAAAAAGAUUUUGGAAGCAGGAAAGAUGCUUUGUGGGCAUCAAGAUGAUGCGUCUCAAGUUUUAAUGUUUUGCUCUUGAUAACAAGCAGGUUUCUCUGUCUUGAGGUGAGAUGAAUGUGUGUAUAAACGUGUAUGCUGGUUUAGGGCUGGUUGAUAAUACAGUGAUCCCCAAACCUGCAUACUUGAGACUGCUGUUGAAAUAUUGCUGCAGCAAAACCAGGAGGGUUGCCACAACUGAUUCCAUGUGAGUGCUUGCAUUUGGGGAACUUCAGGAGGGGCCAUAUUAAGAACUCUUUUUCCACAAUCUGACGUGGCAGUGUGGAAGUGGUUAAGAUGUAUUGGAAACAGCCACAUCCGCGCACCAUUUUCUGACUUCCAUGUGGCAUGUUAUUUUCAAAACAGUUUUAUACAGCACCUAAUAAAUUAUCCCUAUUGUUUUGUUUUUUAAAUGCAACAACAGGAAUGGGCUUACAUCUCCUCUGUGUACUGUUGACAUGGUCCCUCUGUUCAACAAGGUGGCCAUAAUAUGCUAUGUGUAUGUUAACUAGCUUACUGUUUAACGUGACUACGUAUUGCUUCUAGCUCAGCUGGUAGGGUGCUCUGUCUGGCAGUGCUUUCUGUAGUACAUGACCAUACGUGUUGCUUCUAGCCCUCGCCGUGUGAAGGUCGGUGGGUAGGUGACAUGUUUAACAAUGUAUCCACGUUGAGUCAGGUGCUCUAGACAACAGGUCAUUAGUUCUAGCGUAAGCACAAGAAUCAGCUAACUGAAAAAUCUUAAAUGGCUAUUUUUUGUUGGUAAAUUAAACUGAGUUCAAAUAAAGGAAUAUAGUCAAAUUUUACCUUGUUAUGGUUUGGGGGGAAUAUAAUUUAAAAAAAAUAUUUCUUUGUGACUGAGAAAUGCAGUCGUGGUAGUGUGUGGGUUUUUUAAAUAUUCAGUGCUCUAUAUUUUAAGCUUGUGUGCACUUGUGCUGCUUAUGACAAUAUUAUUAGGCUUAUCGUGAGGGUCGUUUCUUAACGUCAGUUUGGGAAUUUAGCAGGCUGCCCUGUUGUCAGUAUUGUUACGCAUUUACCGGUUUUGUAUAGUUUGUGGAUGUCAUCGUGCAUGUUAUUUAUAGUAACACUAACUAGCGGCGUGUAUUUCUGUCUACACAAUGUAAUUGAACAUAUAUUUGAACUUCUUGCCACUGUGUAAUCAGAUUUGUUCUAAUCAUAGUCUAUGCAUGUUUGCUAUUCCGAUGUUUGACAUAUCCCGAAGCAUGCCUUACUUCAUGAAGACAUAUCAGCACUAUUCCUCUUGUCCAGCUGCCCGAUUCCGUCGACUCAAUGUGGGCCUUAUGCUUAUUUUCAACUAAGAUGUUAUUCAACAGAAAGGUUCUUACAAAUAUUUUUUUGUAUUUUAUUUUAUCUACCUACAUACAGGAACUAUUCAGUGGAAGACACAUCGAGUGGACACACAGAGUGUUGAGUCAUGUUUGAAUUGUGGCGAUGGAUUCCACAGGCAUUACGGUUGAUGUAUUCACCAGAAUUGUGAGGAAACAUUAGCCAUCAGUGAAGACAGACCCUGGGGUCGUUGUUUAGAGAUGUAUAUACAUGUGCUUGCUUCAGCUGAGCAACUGUGUCAUGAUUGUUUAAUGGCAGACAAUACGUAAGAGGUUGGGAUAUUUGGUUGCAAAGACGAUCAACGUCUCAUGUAUAAAAAGUUGUCCAACCCCAGUUUGGGAAUUUGUCGUGUGAAGAUUUAGGUUACAAUUGGUCCCUAGCAACUAAAUUUGUCAUUAGAGGCAAAUUAAUCGUAGAUCGAUUCUCAUUGCAUCGGUCACUGGAUUGUCUGGUGUAGACAUGAAUGUUUACAGACCGUCGUCACGUAGCUGGAAUAUUGCUGAAUGUUGCAGACAAGCUAGUGAAUAACUUCAAUCUGUCUGUUGGGGGGAAGUUGCACAAACCAGGGUCUUCUGUACAUUGUGUAAGUAAGUUUUAAUUGUUACUUGUUGCCAUUUUUUUAACUUUAAUGUGAACAGAUAUUUUUUUUUAAGUAGCUGUCAUUGAAAGGGGUUGUGACUUCUUGGUGUUUACUUAUGAAUCUUGAUUGCGGUUUUCAUUACACUUCAACAAAAACAGGUUAACUACUGCUUCGACGUAGAUAGUAGAGGUAGGAAAAUUUACGUUGUUACAUGAUACACUAUGUUUGUUUAUAAGGCGAGGAGUUAUUUUCUGAUUUAGCUAGCUGUACACAAGUUACACCUUGACAUUCGCUGACAAUGGUGGACAUUCCUGGUUGUCAUCAUGGUUGUAACCCUGGUUGUUACGGGGGGGAGAAUUUGCUGUUUUAGCCAUACAGUCUAUACACUGGGUAGUGGCCGAUAUGUUAUGUGGCAUUCCAUCGUGAAAUAGUUCACUGAGUCAAGGUAGCUCGGUGGAGUUGGGGAGGGAAAUGUGAUAUUUUUAGAUGUUGUUGAAUGUAGGUAUUUACUAACACGUACAAAUGAGCAAGUAAUUUCUGGCAUUCAAAGAUGAAGGUCCUUUCUGACAAUUUUCACGCAAUAUUUUUUAUACUUAUAUUUUGAAUUCCUUCUACGCUUUCAGUAACACAGACUCAUAGUGUGCAUAUUACUGUGUUUUGAUGCUUUAGUACAUUUGUCAUUGUUGUCAUCUUCAUCUUCAUUCAACUUUUUCCUCAAAAAACUUUGUCCUGCAUACAUAUCUGUAUUCUAGUGUACUGUUGAAAUCGUAAAUUAUCUGUUUAUAAACUUUUCCAAUUGUGAUAUUUAUUUAUAAUUUUGACUCAAGCCAGAUUUUCUGUUUUCUUGUACGAAACUACAAAGAAAACUGACCAGCUCAUUGUCCAGCUCAAGGUCGUUCAGCAACCUUGCUCUUACUAAUGUGUAAAUUUACCAAAUAUCUGAUGCCUCUUCCCAUCCUUGUGUCUGUCAGUGUUCGGAGGUCCACUACAGUGUGGAUCUUACGUUGGUGCUGCCAAGGCUGGUAUUGAAAUGUAUCAAGUCUAACAAACUUGCUCACAUCACUUUGUGCAUGUGCAAGGAACAACGGAGUAUUUGUAUUUCACUUACAAGAGGAGGAUUUGUGUCAAAUGUCAUCUUCCCAGUCAGUGGAUGUAUUCUGUAGCCAUUCUGGAACAAAAGACAUCUCUCAAAAUCAUAUUUAUCAGAUCUAUACCGUUGACUAUAUUUCAUUAUGGGCAAUAUAUUUUUUGUUUUUAUCAAUGUGUGGUGCUGAUUUAGAGAACUGUGCCUUUCACUGUUUCCCAGCCACCAACAUGUCACAUCUGUAUCUCGGGGUAUGUUCACUGGAAUCUCAUUGGAUGAGAUUUUACUGGGUAACACACUUUGGACACUUUUCUCUUUUCUGGUAACUAUAAUUAAUAGCAAAGACAUUUUAUCCUUCACAAAGUUGUGUGUAUUUGACCAGUUAGAUUCCUGAAGAAUGUCAAAUGCAUCAUAUCAUAUUUCAGGUAAAAUAUUGGAUGCAAGCUGUAAUUGAGUUGAUGAAAAGAACAUAACAAUAUCAGCAUUGUGGCAUGUGUGAGGUCUAAAUCUUGUUAAUGAUUAAUACCUAUCAAUUUUAAUAUUUCAUUGCUCAUUAAAUGUUUUGAUGUCCUUCACCUUUAUAUCAUGUACGUUAAACUUCUACACUAAAUUAACAAAGAGGUGGACAACAUGUCUGUUGUGUACAUUGAUGUAGACAUGUUGUUGCCGCCACACCCAGCCUGGUUCCGUCAGUGUUGAUGUUCAGGCAGCACGCAUCACCAAGAGGAGACCUUCAAACAGCUUGUGUACUUUUCCUUUAAUUUAAAACCUUUUGCUGGACUUGAAGUAAAGACCAUUAUAUAUCACUGGAUGACGGGAUGGGAUAAAUCCAAUAUACCACGGUACAUCCUGUUGAGCACUGGAACAUGUAUUUAAAGAUUUCAGUUAAUCUAUGGUUUUUUGUGACCUGCUGUGUAUUGCUGGUCUCCUGUUGGGAUGAAUGCUGACCUUCCAGUCUCCCGCUCUGUCAACCUACUCUGUAUAUUGUGUCUGUACAUAACUAUGAUCCGUCUGUUGGUGACAGCCCUAGCACUGUCAUGGUAACAACUGGGGUUGACAGAGUUGUCUUCCCUUUAAGACAAUAAAGGUAUUUCAACAUGAUAAA